AGUUAUAAGCACGGGGGGACGGUUCCUCGGGUGUAUACACACAUAUGUGCGUGGGCGCGUGUGUGCACCACCGUCCUGGUUGUGGCUGGCUCCUUUCGCCGGCAAAAUCGUGCGAGUGCCAAAGUAUUAUAGGUGUACAUAUUAUUAUCAUCGUCAUAGGUGAAGUGUACAUUGUACGCUGCACGUAGCCAUGGGGUUGAGGUGACGGUGAGGAAGGUAGUUUGGUCAAGAGGCAGAGGAGCUGCUGGUGGCCCCAAAAGCCGUUAUACCACCCUCGAGCCGUCGAAUAUAUAAUGUUGAAGUUCGGCAGCAAAAGCGACGUCACGGUGCUCUAUCGCGCCACUAUUCGACUACUCGACGACACCGAGAUCAUACACUGCGACUUUCAGCCCCAGCACAAAGGAAAGUACAUCCUCGAAUAUGUCUGCAAGCAGCUCAACAUUUUGGAAACUGAUUACUUUGGGCUACGCUACGUGGACAAUAGUAGACAAAGGCAUUGGUUAGACUUGGCGAAAACGGCGAUAAAACAGGUCAAAGACAUGGAUCCGAUUCUUUUUAGCUUCCGGGUGAAAUUCUACCCACCGGAUCCGCUGCGACUGAAGGAGGACAUAACGCGCUAUCAGAUUUACCUCCAGCUGAAAAGGGACCUGCUCCACGGCCGGCUUUACUGCAGCCCGGGCGAGGCAGCGCUGCUGGCGGCCUGCAUCAUACAAAGUGAGCUGGGGGAUUACGAUCCGGAGCUGCACGAGGGCAAUUACAUGGCCGAGCACAAGCUUCUGUUGAAGCAGACCGAGACGAUAGAGGAGAGGGCGCUCGAGCUCCACCAGACGCAACUCAAGGGCUUCUCGCCGGAGCAGGCCGAGCUCCAGUUCCUCAAACUGGCCGCCCAGCUCGACACCUACGCCGUCGAUCCGCACCCCGUUAAGGAUCACAAAGGCUCCCCUCUGUACCUCGGGAUCAAUCACUGUGGAAUCCUUACGUUCCAAGGAUCCCGCAAAACCAAUCACUUCCGCUGGCCGGAAGUUCAGAAGAUCAACUACGAGGGCAAAAUGUUCAUUGUCCACUUGACGAUAACGGAGGACAUGAGGACAAAGAAAAAACACACCGUUGGAUUUAAGUGUCCUACGGGCUCGAAUUGUCGCCACGUGUGGAGAUGCGCUAUCGAACAGAUGCUGUUUUUCACGUUGCCGCGGGCCUCGGACGCGCCGGUGAUGAGCGGCGGUUCGAUCUUCAGUUGGGGCACCAAGUUCAAGUACACGGGCCGCACGGAGCGCGAGGUUCUCGAGGAGUCGGGUCCCUUGCGGAAGGAGGAGCCCCCGAUACAGCGGUGCGGCAGCUCGACCGGGCUCAGGAGAAAGGCCAGCAGCGUGCCCGCGACGCCCAGCACACCCAGUCAGGACCUUGUUGAAAUUCGGUACUCGAGUUUACCGAGAAGCUGCCACAGUGCCGGGCUAGACGGCGCAGGCAUGUCCGACAUCGGUAGCGGGAUGCCCCUCAGUUCGCCCUACUGUCCCGACAACACGUUACCGCUUCUCGAGACGGUCUCCGAGGACCAGGAGAUACACACCAGAAGGAACAACGCGUUAGAUGAAACGAAUUCGCAUGCGAGUGCCACCACCACCACAACCACCACAACUACCUGUACCAUCACCACUACCACCACUACCACCAAUACCGCACCCAAUACCACAACUACAGCAACAACAAUGAGCGAUAGUACCGACGAUACGUCACUCGUAACGAACCAUCAAGCGAAACAAUUGAAAAAGUACCCCAAGAACACCCUACAGACGCGCCCGCAAGCCCUCUAUAGUCAGAGAAUCGUGAUAGGCUCCGAGGAGCUGUCCGGCCAGGAUAUCGGUAACGUCGUGCGCCAGAAAAUCCAUGCCCUCGAAAAGAGCCCGAAAGUCGUGAGGUCGACCGCCCUGAUCGUCAAGCGCUCGGUCGCCCCGGCCAAGACCCGGCCGGCGGCGUCGACACCUGCGAUCGCAGCGCCACCAAAGCCGGCCCAAAGGCUCGUGCCCAACGGCGACCUCAAGCCAAACACCGGCGACGGGGUUCAGCAAUCCAGCAAUGCCAGCCAACCGGGAGAAGACGACGUCGAUGCUGCAGUCUGCCACGACUUUGACGGCAGCGACUACUACUUCCGCGACUCGUUCGAGCACUCGUCCUCGGAGAGUCAGCUGCUCGAGACCGGCAGCCUCAGCGCCAAAGCCGGUCCCCACGGCAGUAGUCGCUCGAUCGCCCCGGUCCCCAAGGUCCAACGGCUCCAAAACUCCAAGAUCUGCAACGUCCAGCAGAGCCUGACGUCCCCAAGCAGCGGCAUCACUUCGCCGGCCGGCAUACCGGGGCGCCACCUAGCCCCCCGCCAAGCUCACAUGGCGGCCACGGCCUCUAGCGGCAGUUCCUCCGUGCAGUACUCGCACCGGUUGCGCGGCUGCCGGGCCCAGCUCGUCCGGCUCCUCGUGCCCGCGCUCAUGCUCAGCGUGACCGUGCUCCUCGUCGUGACCGUCCUCGUCUUCGAGACGGACUCAAAGCUCUUCGAGAGCCUUCGCAAGACGCCCCAGAUGAUCGCCCUGCGCGACCGGUGCUACGGACCCAUCAAGAAAUUCCUUAAGAGCAAGCUCGGCCUCUUCUGAUCGCAAAGGCCACCGCCGCUCAGCUUUCUCUCGCACGGCCGCUGCACCAGCGAAUCCAACCCAGCUCUCUAAUAACACUACCCGUGCGUAUUUUCCUCUGUUAUGUUUUACAUCCCUCAGUACGCGGGCGUUUGUGAAAUUCGUCCGUGCAGCUUCUGGCAAAAAGCAAUGUUUUUAAAGAUUUACAUAUAUAUAUAUACAUAUGUGGAGCUAAUGUACGAUGAAACAGUUGUACCCAGAGAUAAGUCUGGUUGUACCUAUACAUGUGCUGCAAGUGAUGGGCGCGCUCUACUCCUAGUCUUUUAUUUUUUAUUUUUUUUUUUUUUUGACAUGUAUGCGUGUACGAGUGUACUUGGAUGAUUAAUUUUAUGAUGCAGUGGGCACAAAGUGAGUAUGAUUCGUGGGCUUUGAUGACUAACUAAUAUAUUACGUAUAAUAUGACCCACGUAUAGCUUGUUUGUAGCCAAAGGUCACCUUUUUCAUACGUACGAUUUACUAACUUGUUCUUUUCUUUUGUGUACAUGUACGUGUAUGUAAUUAUGUAUUUAUAACAUAAGGGGAUUCACGACGAGAUGAACAAUAAAUCGAUUUUUUGGUUCCCAUCAAAGUAGUCGAUCAAAAUUCUUUUUGCUUUUUUUCUAUUCCAUCACCUAUUGAUUCUUUUGAUCGGUGUGUAUUACGUAAAAGAAUACCUAUAACGUUUAUAUUUUUUCAACAUAGAGGUUUGUACUCGAAAUCCGCGUUUCGAGCCUUACAUAACUUUCUCAACUGCUCAAGACGAUUAAAAAUUCACAUUUACCGAUUUAACGGUUGUCCUUGCGCGCUUGUUGUGUUUAAAUUAUUCUCCAUAAUUUAAAUUUUCAGCGUCCGUCUUGUGUUUCUCCAUAUCGAAAAGAAAAAUUCUCGUCUGGCGCUACAAAAUCUAGCUGUACUUUCGAAAUCACAUCGUGCACACUUGGGGGUUUAUGAGGAUCUCAGAUUAAAUCAUUAUAUCUCUGUAUGAGAAAUACCCCUCGAUAUGCGUUUCAGUUACUUGUACUUAAUGCUAUUACUUUUCAUUUCUCAGUUGAAUUCUAAUGGCUGGGAUUAAUUUCACGCGUCAAACACGAUCGAUCAAUAAGUAUUGCAAAUGUUUGUAAAGCAGUGCCAUGAUGAUGAUUUUUGCACGAAAAACAAAAAUAAAAUUUUUAAAAACAUAUGAUAUUUUCAAACUUUCAUUUGUCCUUUAAUAUGUGACGUAGCUUUGACACAUCAAGAUUUAAAAACUUUGUGGUCUUCCGAUAAUGUCCUGUGAAACAAGUAAUUUCCAAGUGAACGAAAUGCAGUGUUUUUCGUACUCUGGUGUAUUUUUGCAGUGAUAGUUCAAAAUUCUAAAAAGUUUUUUGACUAUCCUCGUUGGAUGUGCACCGAGGGCCAACGCUUUUACAAUGCCGAUUUGCUUGUGAGGACAUGUGUGAUUUUUCAUGGAAAAAAUUGAAAAUAUCUUGUUAUCAGAAUUUUGUUCUUUUUAUUUAUUGUAUUUUCGUGACGAGUCAAUCAAUCAAUCAACUAAUCGACAAUUCUUGUAGUACAUAACAUCAUUUCCAUAUUUACGUAAAAGUCAUAAACUAUAGCCAGCAUAUUGUUGUAUGGACGUGUUUGAAAAGAGAUGAGAAAAUUGUCAGGGAAAUUGAAUGAGUGUUUCAUCCAUUAAGUACUACAUAACAAAGUCAUGCGAGUAGGUAAUAUAGGAUAAUUAAAUACAUAGCAAUAAAAAAAUUACCUACUAUCAUUUGUAACCAAAAGAAUCACUUGAAAUGAUUGUGAAUAAAGCAUAAUUCGUUAGGAAAUAAAUAUAUGCAUACAUAUAUAUUUAAAGUAAAGCAGUCAGCGAAGCAAAUUCCGUCGAUUCUUGUAUAUAGAUUUCAUACGCAAAUAGAAAUACGCUAAGCCACUUGACACUCUUCUUCAUCCGUUAUUACUUGUUCCAGCCGUUGAAUGGCACUUUUAUUUUAAGUUUGAAUUAAAUCAACUAAAAAAAUAUUUUAAAAAUUUCAACGUUUAUCUAUUUGUAUGAGCAACGUUUAUCACGAAAAUUGAAAAAUACAAUUAAAUUUUUUUAUGCAAAUUUAAAAAUUUUCAUCUAGUUUUUUGUCCUAAAAGUGCCUAUAAAGCUGUCCUCUUCGAAUUUUGAUAAGUGACUGUACACUCUGUGUAAAACGCAGUUAAAUUAAAAUUAGAAAACAUGAAAAACUAUGAAGCUUUUGAGAACUUUAAACGUUGUAUAUGUCCAAACACGCUUUGCAAAAAAAAAAUAAAUAAAUAAACAUUUAAAUGAACGGCGAAAAAGUGUAUAAAUUGUCUUGUGUGUACAGCUGAAAAAAAUAUAUACAUAGUUAUAAACACGAAUAUAUAAACAAACUAAAUAAAAUAAAAAGUGCUGGUUUAUACAAUCGUACAUAUAUUAUACACGCGAAUAAUUUUUUCGGCUUUUUUAACGAACUUUUGAAUAAUAAGAAAGAUAAAAGAAAGAAAAAAAACAUAUAAAAUUGCAUAAUGUGCAUAAAUAUACAAAUGUCAAUUGAAAAACAACCUAAUCUAACAGGUGCGUGUCUAGAAAAUAAUUGAAAGUGUAUAAUCAAGAUAAUUUCAAGAGAAAAUAGGAAUCAAUUCGCUUGAGUACGAGUAAUGUGUAAAAUUUAUCAAUUAGUUUGGCUGAUUUGUUACAUAUUUCAAAAAAUUAAUAUUUACCGACUACUGAAAAAUUUUUGUCUUAAUAUCAUAAAGUUUUAAUUAUUCAAUUAAAUUCUAUGUAAAGUUUGGAAGGCUUUACAAAUGUAACUAUAUAUUUUGUACAUUAUAAAAAAGACUGGAGUAAUAAAUUUAAUUUUUAUUUAGCUUGUGAUACCUAUACAUUAAAAAAUUUUUUUUGCUUUUGGCCCGUAAUUAAUGAUUGAUUUUAAAAAUAAGCGCUUAAAAUUCAAACACAAGACUGCAGCGAAAAAAAUAUUUUUCUCGCGCAAUCUUUUAUAUCACGUAGAAGCUGUUGUAAGCUUAUAUUUAUAGACCUUCAUUAAAAUGUGGCGAAGCCGCGAGCGAAAAAAAAUUUAUAGGAUGUAUGCAAUACGCACCAUGACACAUAAUUGUUGAAAAAUAAAAUUAUUGUUAUUAUGGUGCAUAGAAGCGAGUUUACGAUAUUAUUUUGAGUAAUAAAAUUAUUACUUUUGUUCAUAUUAAUUUAUUUUUCCUAAUGUUUGUGUUUUCUUUUGUUAAGUGAGCUGAAAAAGUGUCAAUAAGUGAUUAAACAUACUGUGCUGUUAUAAUUGUCUUAGUUGUAACAUAUACGUGUUCAUUAACUUUUAAGUGUGAAGUGAUUCAAUGUUCUGGGAAUGUUUUAACAAUACUUCAAUAUUUUUUGGUGUGAUAGGAGUACCUUAGUACAAAUAUGUCAUUCUUUAUCUAUCAAAAUCGUUGAUUGUAAAAUUCUGGUGUUAAAACAUGAAAAAAAAGAUACAGAAGGAAAGAAAAACAGAAAAAAAAUCAUUUGGCGAUUACACUCGUGGUCAUUUUAUAUUUUUAAUGUUUGAAGUUUCAAGAUUACCUACGUGUCAAAUCCUAACGGAGAGCUAAGAAAAAUUUUUAUUUGAUCAUUAAUGACACUACCGUGGGUGAGAGUAAAGUAUCCGGAAUACUGCAAGUCUGCAAUUACAAUAUUAAAUUGGUUGAAAAAUUUUGUAUGUAUGAUUCGGUGAAGUUUCUUUAUUCAUGAUUUGAAUAGUGAGUUUGUUACAUAGUCAUAAUUAUAUAAUUAAUUUUAAGUGGUCGAAUUUCAUUUGUUUUUUAAAAAUAAUUAUGAUGAAAAAGGUGGAAGUUUUCCAAGUGAGAUACAUAAAAAUAAAUACAGAACCUAAAA